AGGAGAGGAGGGAUUACCCUGACCUUUUUCAACUCACACUGCCUCAGACGGCCACCAAGCAGCUGAGGAGAGAGCAGCCAGACGGACCCAUCAUGUCCGACAAACCAGAUUUUGCAGAAAUUGAAACGUUUGACAAGACCAAGCUGAAGAAGACAGAAACCAGAGAGAAAAACCCAUUGCCCACUAAAGAGACUAUUGAACAGGAAAAGCAAAGCGAAAGUACAGCCUGAGUGUAAAGUUCAAGAUGUGACUGCUGCUUCUUCAGUGGGGUUUUGGCUUCUGAGUUGGGUUGCUGUUUUGUUUUGCCCCCCCUCACCCCUUGUUUGUUUCCCAUUUGUUUAAGGAAGCAUUUGUUCAUUUAAUGUUCCCUGGAGAAGUUUGUUUUGUGUUUGUUGAAGAAGAUACGUGUUUGUAUUCUUAAAACUGUAAUUCCAAGUUCUGUAUCGACUCCAUUACUUGCCAAAAAAAGCAAUUUGCAUAGAAAUUGUUUUCCUAAGCCUCACAAUAAACAGGUUUCUUCUGA